GGAGCGUGGUCCCGCACUGCGAGCCAGCAGGCUCCUGAGUCGCGAUUGGCUGCGGCGAGGCGGAAGAAUGACGUUAUGCAAAUGAGGGGGCGGGCCUGGGAGGCGCGGGCCCCGCCUCCUCCCUUUGGGGUUAGUGUGCCUGUGUUUAGCUCUGGGGAGAGUCAAACUGGAUUCCAUAGGGAAAGCCUGCAAAUCACUUCUAUUUUAGCGAGGAGAAAACAGAAUCUCCAUCCAGCAGGGUCCACCCCUCUCUCUUUCUCCCUCUCCUCUCCUUCUCUCUCUCUCUCCCUCCCCCCCUUCCUCUCUCCCUCUUUCUCCCCCCUUUCCCCCAUCCCAAUCUCCCUCUCUGGUGUAUCUGUCUACGGCAACCAGCGUCCUCCUCGUCUAUACGCACUGAAGGAAAGAAACAUCUUUGGUUGGGAGAGAAGGAGGGAAAAAAAGAAAGAGGAAAAAAACUUGCCUGGUUGUGGAAAAUGACACUUGAAGUAGCAAAGCCGGCAGCGCGAGUUGAGUCUAUUGUUUCUUAAAUUGCCAUCAGGGCUUUUUUUUUUUCUUCCUGCUUCUUCAAGUGAAGGGUACCUCUGCAAAAGGAAACUCCAGCCCCUCCUGCCCUCCACCGGCCUGUGAUCAUUACAAAAAAAAAAAAAAAAAAAAAAAAAAAAAAAAAAGCACCCAAACCAAAAAUUAACCAACCAAACAACCCCCAACAGCCAAGCAUACAUCUCAUUUUUUUUUUUUUUUGGUCUUUUCGUUGGAUUUUCCCUUCUUUUUUUUCUGCCUUUUUUUCCGGGUUAUCGCUCAGUUUUGAGCGACGGUUUACAUUUUUUAAAAAUUUGCUUUCUAGCCCGCCUUGAUCUUCUAACGCGAGUUCACCGUCUUAAAAAAAAAAAAAUCUCUGGCCGGCGUUUUUCUUUCCUUUUUUUUUUUUUUUUUUUUUAAUAUUUUCAAGGGGGAGGAGAUUUUCCACAAGAAAAGGUUGUUUUCAUGUUUGGGAUUCAGGAAAGCAUCCAACGGAGUGGAAGCAGCAUGAAGGAAGAGCCGCUGGGCAGCGGCAUGAACGCGGUGCGGACGUGGAUGCAGGGCGCCGGGGUGCUGGACGCCAACACNNUUGGCCGCAGCGGGGUGGGUCUGGCCCGGGCUCACUUUGAGAAGCAGCCGCCUUCCAACCUGAGGAAAUCCAACUUCUUCCACUUCGUCCUGGCCCUCUACGACAGGCAGGGCCAGCCCGUGGAGAUCGAGAGGACCGCCUUCGUGGGCUUCGUGGAGAAGACCCAGGAGGCCAACAGCGAAAAGACCAACAACGGGAUUCACUACCGGCUGCAACUCCUCUACAGCAAUGGGAUAAGGACCGAACAGGAUUUCUACGUGCGCCUCAUUGACUCCAUGACAAAACAAGCCAUAGUGUAUGAAGGCCAAGACAAGAACCCAGAAAUGUGCCGAGUCUUGCUCACACACGAGAUCAUGUGCAGCCGCUGUUGUGACAAGAAAAGCUGUGGCAACCGAAAUGAGACUCCCUCAGAUCCAGUGAUAAUUGACAGGUUCUUCUUGAAAUUUUUCCUCAAAUGUAACCAAAAUUGCCUAAAGAAUGCCGGAAACCCACGUGAUAUGCGGAGAUUCCAGGUCGUGGUGUCUACGACAGUCAAUGUGGAUGGCCAUGUCCUGGCAGUCUCUGAUAACAUGUUUGUCCACAAUAACUCCAAGCAUGGGCGGAGGGCUCGGAGGCUUGACCCCUCGGAAGGUACGCCCUCUUAUCUGGAACAUGCAGCUACUCCCUGUAUCAAAGCCAUCAGCCCGAGUGAAGGAUGGACGACGGGAGGCGCGACUGUGAUCAUCAUAGGGGACAAUUUCUUUGAUGGGUUACAGGUCAUAUUCGGUACCAUGCUGGUCUGGAGUGAGUUGAUCACUCCCCAUGCCAUCCGCGUGCAGACCCCUCCUCGGCACAUCCCUGGCGUUGUAGAAGUCACACUGUCCUACAAAUCCAAACAGUUCUGCAAAGGGACUCCGGGAAGGUUCAUUUACACAGCGCUCAACGAACCCACCAUCGAUUAUGGUUUCCAGAGGUUACAGAAGGUCAUUCCCCGGCACCCUGGAGAUCCUGAGCGUUUGCCAAAGGAAGUCAUACUCAAGAGGGCUGCGGACCUGGUGGAAGCGCUGUAUGGGAUGCCACACAACAACCAGGAGAUUAUUCUGAAGAGAGCGGCUGACAUCGCAGAGGCCCUAUACAGUGUCCCCCGCAACCACAGUCAGCUCCCAGCCCUCACUAACACUUCUGUCCACGCGGGCAUGAUGGGCGUGAAUUCCUUCAGUGGACAACUGGCCGUGAAUGUCUCCGAGGCCUCGCAGGCCACCAAUCAGGGUUUCACCCGCAACUCAAGCAGUGUCUCACCACACGGAUACGUGCCGAGCACCACCCCCCAGCAGACCAACUAUAACUCCGUCACCACGAGCAUGAAUGGAUACGGCACGGCUGCCAUGUCCAAUUUGGGUGGCUCCCCAACCUUCCUCAACGGCUCGGCUGCCAACUCGCCCUAUGCCAUCGUGCCAUCCAGCCCCACCAUGGCCUCUUCCACAAGCCUCCCCUCCAACUGCAGCAGCUCCUCCGGCAUCUUCUCCUUCUCACCAGCCAACAUGGUCUCAGCCGUGAAACAGAAGAGUGCUUUCGCACCAGUUGUCAGACCCCAGACCUCCCCGCCUCCCACCUGCACCAGCACCAACGGGAACAGCCUGCAAGCGAUAUCUGGCAUGAUUGUUCCUCCCAUGUGAAAGAAUUGCCUUGAAGAAUUUUAUUAAUGAAGAGGUUGGAUUCUGCUACAGAGAGUAAUCUGAUACAAGUCCCAGAGUGGAACUUUUAACUCAGGCCUUUUUCAGAGGAGUCACAAUAACUGCAGAUUUUUAAACAAACAAUAUCACCGACCUUGCAAAUACUGAAGUUGGAAGGGAUCUGUGAGUGCAGGGUGUUGGUUCAAGUUGUACCUCCCAGAUGUUUGGGGGAUAUAUUUAUUCUGUGUUGAUAAAAGCAAAUCCUCUUUUUCUUUUCUUUCUUUCUUUUUUUUUUAAGCUUAACUCUGCGGUCAUUUGUCUUUUAUAAACCGUAAAGCUGUAUACAAGGGACACUAUAAAUAAGACCCCAUGUUUUAAUUUAUGAUGUUUUUAAAGCCGUGUAAAGGGAGAAUGAAGUGGUGAUAUUUACAAAAAAGUUAAAAAAAGAAAAAAAGAAAAAAGAAAAUUAAAAAAAAGCUUGUAUGGGACAGAAUAGGAAUGCCAGUUAGAUUUUUUAGAAAACUAAGAGUCGGCUUUUGCGCCUUAAAGCAUAUCAAAUGGUAGUUAGCUCAGACAGUGCAUUUUCAGUAUCUAACUUAACAUGCCACCCCUUAGCAGUGCAAGCUUAUUUCUCUCUUUCCGUAUCGUUGUCUUAAGUAACUGUGUAAAUAAAUGCAGCCUGGAGUCAAAAAGUGACCGUCACGUGAUCACACGUUUCCCUUCAACACAAAAAUCCAGUGCCUCUAGACAGAUUGUUAAAAAACUGCAGAUUUAAACCUGAGAUCAUUCUCGCUUUUAAUUAUGUCAACUUCGUCGGAAGCCGAUGGCCUCUUGAGAGCUUGGUGGCACACGGACUGUGUGAGAAUCUCCUUCGAAUCUUUAUGGAACAGGGUCCAGGCACAGAAUUCCACAUUAUGCCUCCAGUUAUCAAGCCAAAAUAUCCUCUUACACCCCCGCCAUUUACAAGGUAAAAGUUUACUCAUCCUAAAGGGGACUUCCCACCAGGCCUCCCAAAGCUGACAAGGGCAAGAUGGCAGGCAUUUCCCAUGACAGGGCCUCUCUCAGUGGCCCUACCCAUUGGUAACAUAGUAGAUUAAAAGGAUAGGUAAGUGCUUUGAAAUUAAGAGGAAGAGGAAUCUAGGAGAAAGGAGAAGUAGGUUGAGACCUCCCAAACAUCGCUUUCUGUUCUACGGCAAUUUUUUGCUCUCAUUAUCUGGGAAGUGUUCUUAAAAAUAAGAAUUGAUAGCAAAGAUGCAGCGAAGCUAUGAGGAUGCAUUUGCCUGAUACUUUUUUUUCUUUGCGGUUGUGUUUUUGUAUGUAGUUAUAAAUACUGUAGAUUUUUUUGUGAUUUUUUUGCCAAAGUUGUUGUUCUAUUUAUACAUUUUAAUGUCUUAAGACAGUUUUUCAAUAUCACAAAAAGAUUUUACCGCAUAUUUUGCAAAGGAAAAAGAAGCUCACUACCUUUAGCUUGCACAUACUUGCGAAGUUAAUGAAGAGGCUUUCUGUUUCAAAGGGGAUUUUGUAAAAUAUCCAUAUAAAUAAUGUAUUUAUCUUUGGAAUUUGUACAUUGCUUUCCCCUUCUUCCUUUUCCUCCCACCCCCAACUUAUUUUAUUGUGUAUGUUUGCUAUGUGAAAAAGUGCGUAUUUGUUUGGUCACCUACAGUUGUAUUAGCUGUUCCAAUGUGAUUUUUAAACAUUUCAUUUAUAGUUAUUUUUAGUAUUGUUUUAAACCAUGCUUCAAUUUUUUUAAAUUUCCACCCCAAAGCCAUUGUCUAUUUUUGUAUUAUUUGUAAGUUAAGAAGUUUUUUCCAAUAUAUGGCAAAAAAGUAGCAUAUUAUUCUUGUAGCAUUUAGUUCUGUAGAUUUUAAAAAAAUGUAUCCUUUGCUUUGGAAGCUUACAAAAACACACACCCCUAAUGCUGUUUUACUCUAUUAAUAUGCAUGGACCCUCUCCCUCUGGAGUGACGCAUUUUGUGCAUUAAAUUCGGGGGAGAAACUUCAUAGAAAUCAAUGAACAUUCUUUCUUAAGUCUGCUUGUAUAUUUCCUCUGUCUUUCACAUAAAUAUAAACCAGCAGAUUGGAUGCCUUAACAAUGCAAAUCAUAUCCAUUUCACUUGUACAUUGUAAGUGUGCACCAGAACUGUCAGUCAUCACUAACAUUAUAAGAAAAAAGAAAAAGAAAAAAAAAAGACAAAGAAAUCGAAAAGCACAAAAGAACUGUUUUGUUACCUUAAGACAAUGUAACUUUUUCUAGUAGAGCAAGAAAUUUACAACAAUGCUGCAACUGUGCAUGCCCCCAUAUGGAUUUUGCAAUGGUUUUCACUAGACUAUCAGAGUGCGAUUUUUAUGGUGGGUGAGGGAGGGGAGUUGCGGGAGGGAAGGGAGGAGGGGAGGAAAGCUGAUUUUUCAUGGUGAGAAAUAAUAAUGAUGAUUAAUAAUAAUAAUAAUAAAAAAACUGGAAAAUGUAAGCAAGGUGGACGCAUUGCUUCUCGGUACUCGGAAAGGCUGUCUGAAUUCGUGUGGUAAGCGCUGGCCUGAAGAAGUGUACAAUUUAAAGCCAUAUUUUGUCUGGUGAGCCCCUUAACUGUUUGUGAAGGGACAGUCGGCCGGUGAGGUGUCCGGCUCAGACCCCGACAACAAACGCCACCCAUCUGUCAGCCAUGUGUAGUGGUUAGAACUUCUCUUGAAAGUCCAAAGAGCCUUUAAAAUAUGUUUAAUUUGUGUCUUGUUGCCUCUAUUUAUAUUGAUUAGAUGAAAAGACGUUCUGGCCCUCUGACCCUCUUUCUCCUACACAAAACUUUUACAAGUAAACGAUGUUCCCCUAAAUACAGAAUAUGGCUUUAAGAAGAUGAAACAGAGAACUAAGAUUUCAGUUUUGGGGGAAAAAUACAGCUUCUGGAUGACUGGAUUGCAUAACAUGCCCUGGCCUCACAUUGUACUAGAAUGCAGCUUAACGAAGUCAUCUCUAAAUCUACUAACCUUUCACCUUCUUAUCAAACUUUUUGAAUAGACACACACUGUACAGUUCAAUUGUUAGAGAACCUAACUACUGUAGAGAUUGUUAUAAUUUUUUUUUUUGCAAAAAUUCAAGCUGUAAAAACUUUUCAACUUUCACAAUAUUUAAUUAAAGUUACUUCCUGUCUGUGAUGGCAGCUCCUA